CGCUAUGUCGAUGCCCCACUGCGAACACUUGUACUAAUGCCUACCCGAGUAUCCGACGAUCUGCGAUCGUAUUAUUUAUGUUAUACGGGAUACACUCUAUCUAAGCGGACGCUAAACGCUCCGUUUUGCCCGACGAUUGUUUCUUCUGUUUAUCCAUUUGCUCGUUAAGAAUAUUAUUACCAAUUAUCUAAAAAUAAUUUUAAAAAAUUUGUCAUAAUGGAUCAUUGUAAUUAUUUUCUGCAUAGUCCAUUACCGGGCUGAUUCGCUCCGCUGUUUUAUUGUUACUUACACUAUGUAGUUCACCUGCUGCAGUGUACAUCAAGUAGAUCUCAAGAUCUGAGCAACCGUGUGUAUGUCACACCUGCCGACAUUUUUGUAUAAAAUCGUAUACAACCAUGGAAUGGUCGUGGCCCGACCGUGUGGGUUACUUAAUUGUCUUUCAAUUACUACUAUUCAUCUGUAGUAUUCCUCAACCAUCGUCAUGUCUAUUGAAGUCUAAGAGCAAAUUGCAGUACUGUGAACGGCCUCACUCUCGAUGCCUGGACAUGAAUCAUUCGAUAUGUUUGGGGGUAAAAUUACCUUAUACAUCCACUUCCACAGAUCUGGUUAUGGACUCGGACACUCCAGAAGACGCACAAGUAAGUGCUGGUGGUUAUCAAUGACAAACUUUACAAAAGUAAUGGUUUGGUUUUUAUUUAUAGGAGAGAUUGCAUUACUGGCAAGGACUCAAAAAAGUUCCAAAAUGUUGGGCAGCUAUCCAACCGCUUUUGUGUGCACUGUAUAUGCCGAAUUGUGAAAAUAACAGUUUACAUUUACCUCCACAGGUAAACCAAAUUGUGAUUAGUUUUAAUAUUUUCCGUUGAAUCGUAAUAUAUUCUUUCCCAUGUAUUUGUUAUUUAAUAAUUAUGAAUACCUACCAUUAUUAAGUAACAUUUUUUAAACUAUUAUUUACAUGUUCGUUUCUUAUUUUUUAUUAAUAUUUCAUUUUAGGAAAUGUGUAAACUCAUUGAAAAUCAUUGUCAAGUUCUGAAAAUCGAAAAUUCUUGGCCUGCAGAAUUUAAUUGUGAAAAUGAGACUCUUUAUCCACAAAAAAUAUGCAAAGUAAACUAUUUUAUUUAUUAUAACUAGGUACCUAUAUUAAAUAAUUGUAUUCAUUUACUGAAAAUUGAUGUUUAUAUUAGAAAUUAUUUAUUAUUAUUAUUGUUUAUUUGACUUUAUAGAAUGACUUACGUGAAUUAAAAUUCAAUUCUACUGCUGGUCAUUGUGAGUCUCCACUUGUACAAACUUAUAGACCUGAAAAUUACCACUAUCCUAAUUUUGAAGGAUGUGAUCUUCAAUGUUAUGACCCUUUAUUUUCCAUUGAUGAACAUAGACAAAUACAUAAUUUAAUCGCGUGGACUGCUACAAUCGCUGGACUUUGCAAUAUAUUUGCUAUUGUAACUUAAUAAUUCGAUGAAAUUGUAAUUUAUUGUUGAUUUUGAAUGUAAGUUUUUUUUUCAGCUCACAUUUAUGAUCGAAUGGCAAUCAUUAAAUCGAUACCCCAAUAUUGUAAUACUUUACAUAAACAUUUGCUUUUUAUUCAUAUGUUUUGGAUGGCUGUCACAAUUUUGGUCUGGUGCAAGAGAUGAUAUUGUUUGUAGAAAAAACGGGGCUAGAAAAACUUCAGAACCUAGGUAAAUUACUUGUAUUGUAAUAUUUAGGCCAUAUAAUAAAAUUUAUUAAAAAUAUACCUUUUUUAUUAUUAUUAGUGAUGAAGAUCUUUCGUGUGUUAUUAACUUUGUUUUUUCAUAUUACUUCUUAAUUGCUGCUUUCAUUUGGUUUGUUAUUUUUACAUAUUCUCUGCACACAACAUUUCAAUCAUUUGGUAAAUAUUAAUAUUAAUAUUUCUUUAUUAUUUUUUCUUUAAAAUAUUAUGUUGUUUUUCAGGAAAAAUCCAAGAAAAAGUGGAUAAAAAGGGAGGUUAUUUUCAUUUAUUAGCAUGGUCUAUACCAUUAGUAUUUUGCGUUGUUGUAAUGGUACUAGGAGAGAUUGAUGGUGAUAGUGUAACUGGAACGUGUUUUGUUGGCAUCAAUAAUAAAAUAUAUAGAAUUAUAUUUGUGCUUAUACCAAUUUUCAUAUCUGUUGUAAUUGGUUUAUUUUAUUUGAUUCGAGUAUUGUUCGGACUUUUGGCUUUAAAAAAAGAAAGUACUCAAGUAAUUUCAACACAAGCAAAGUCUAAGAUUCAUUCAGCAGCUAUCAAAGUGGUUAUAUUCAUGAUAUUAAUUAUUGUGUUUGUUUCAUCAAUGUUUAUGUGUUACAUACAUGAAUAUAACAAUGAUCAUGUAUGGAAAGAUAGUCUCAGAAAGUAUAUUGUGUAAGUAUUAUUAUGAGUAUUUAAAUUAUAUAAUAAUAAUUAUGUUUGAAAUCGAAUACAUGAAUAAGCAAACAGCAAUUCAUUCAAUACCAAUAAAUUGAAGCUUUCAUACACUAUUGGUAUGGUUGUUGUUUGUUUAGUAUUAGUGUGAGAAAUGCCGAAUAGCAUUUAUUUCAGAGAUGUAUUGUUUAUAAUAUAUGUAGAAUUGUGUUGUGUAUCUUCUAUGCUUACUCUAUAUAUAGUAACAUAUAGUGUUCAGUUCAAAUACUUCAAAAUGUGCAGUCUAUAUAUGUUCACACAAGUAUUGGAAAUUUUUUUAAUAUUUCAAUAUGAACAAGAACUGGUUUGAAGGUUGAAUUUUGACCAUUGGGCGAAUAGUAGUAUAGCUAAAAGUACUGCAUGUUCUUUGUAUUAUUUUCAAAAGAAAUAAAUUAAUGUCUUAAUCAAAUUCAUUAAAACAAAAUAAAAUUAAUAGCAAAUAUAUUUCAGAUAACUGUAUUAUUUGUAUUUUUUGUUACUAAUAACAAUAUCACUUUUAUAUGAUGAAUGAAUUAAUUAGCAUUUUUUUUUUUCUGUUAAUAUUACAAAUGGCAUUUCAUAAUAUUAAUAACAAUUAUAUUUUUUAUACAAAUGUAAUCAAAUGCUUAUCCACCAUUCAACAUUUCAUAUAUUUUUUUCAGAUGCAAACUUGGUAUUAUACCAGAUACUGAUGUAGGAAAUUGUCGUAUUGAAUUUCGACCAAGUGUAUCUAAAAAACAACUAUAUAUAUUAGUAUUGUUUGGAAAUGGAAUUUUAAUGUCAUUUUGGGUAUGGACAAAUCAAAUUGGCAAUGCGUGGUGCGAGUGUUUAAUUCAUUGGUGUGUACUUUUAUUUUUAUUAAUUAUUCAAUGUUAAUUAAUUUAAUUUUUAGGUUAAAGAAAUGGCGGGGUCAUGACCAAAGAAAUCAAGACUCAACUAAGUAUAAUAAACAUAAAUUGAUUGCUAGUGCUUUUGCAAAGAGACAUCAACUUAAUAGUGACGAUUUUACUGUUACAUUUUCAAAAGAAGAUCCAUUUGGUAAAUUAUAAUUCAUAAAUGGUUUAAAAAUAUUCACUUUUAAUUCAGUAGUAAAAUACUAUUUAAUAUUAUUAAAUUACAUAUAUAUAUAUCUACUAAGUAGUAUUUGUUAUUGAAAAAAAAAAAAAAAAACAAUAAUAAUUAACAGGAAUUUUUAAAUAAAUCUUAAUUUUUCUGUAUUAUUAAUAAUUUACACAGAUUCUCUUUGUUUAUAAAUUAAAUCAGAUAAGAUAUUAAUCAAAUUUGGUAUGUAUGAUGUUAAAACUAAUUUUUUUUGAAUAUAAAUAUCUAUAACAUAAACAUUAAACUAGUAGGUAUAAAUCAAAUAUUUAUACAUAUAUAUAUUAAAGUUAAAAAUAAAAACCUAACCUUUUAGUAAGAGAGUAUUCAAAUACAUUAUAAGGAAAAUUAAUGCAGUUAUACGUAAUACAAUUUUUUUAAAUAUGUUAAUUUAAAAAUGUAUAUUAUAUAACCAUUUAUGAAGGGGAAAAUUAUUUUAAAUGUCACUAAAAUAUUUUUUUUAUUCUAUGAAACAAUAAAUAUAAUUAAUAUUAUGUCAUUAUUUAUAUAAAGCAAUUAAUUCUUUAAGCUAUAUUAAUUUGAUUUUUUUUUUUAGGUUUAGUUUUUGGAUUAAACAGUAAUUUAACGGAUAAUAUAAGUUCUACUUGGGCAGCCGCAUUACCAAAAUUUAUACGAAGACGGGGAGCUUUAACCGGUGAAGAACAGCUAUCGGUGUCAUCAUCAUAUAUGCAUUCCGAUUCUGAAAUUAGUUACAGUAUGUGUAGAGUUUCUGUAGAAUCUCGUAGUCAUUCAUUGGAUUCUACUAUAUCAGUUAAAGCAUUUGAAAUGACUCGUAAAGUACGACGAUUUUCAAAACAUGUAAAAAAAAAACAUAAAAGAAGUAAUAAAUUGGUAUGCAAACUUCCAUCGUCUCAAAAAGGUAGUGUUACUUCUCAAGAUGUAAAUCGACAAGUAAGAUUUGAAUAUUACUUUUUAAUUACUAAAAUUUAAUCAUCAGUUAUUUUUUUCAGUUAAUGUUAACAUUUCCUGAAUUUCAAAAUGUGCCAUCAUUGCCAGAUGUGACGUCACAAACAGCUCCUAUUCCUAAUUUCGAAAGAAGAGCUGCGUCAGCUGGUAUUAAUGGAGGUCUUGAAGAACAAAUGAAUACAUUAAAAAAUCUUUCCAUAUCAUCCUUAAAUUUAGUCAGUAGUAAACUGUUACAGAUGAAUUUUAAAGGGUUCAGUGGUAGUGAUCUAUCUGAACAAUUCAUGCUACAGGAUUUUAAAAAAUAUGACACAAAUGGCAUGUAUAAAUCUGUUGCCAUCAUAGACUCAGACACAGACAAAGAAGAAAAAUCAUCUAAUAAAUCAGAUUCAGAAUGACGAGUUCCUAAAAUAAGGGUGUUUUAUGUUGUAAUGAUAUGCUUAAUGCUUAAGAAUGUUGUAUGUUCCAUGAUACAAUUUGGUUUAAAAAUGUGUAAAUCAAAAAAUUUAAAUAUAAUAAUUAUAUAAAAUCAUUAACUAUAUAUAUUCUUAUUGUAAACUUUAUUACCUGUUAUCUUUAUUUUAUGUAUAGUAUCUUUUAUUCUAAAAUGUACUUUCUAAUGUAUCUUAAUGUUUAAAAUAAGGAUCUUACCUAUAAAAAACAAAAAAAAUAAUAAAACUUUCAUCAUAGCAAGUAAUGGUAGGAUAUUUGUCAUGGAUUUAAGGACUUAAGGAUUGAUUUCCCGAAAAAGUGAAAAAUAUACAAAGAAUCAUCAUUAUUCUCAUGGUGGAUGGAGUAUAUCCAGUGUUUGAAUUCAUGGGGCGGGAGCGAACAUAAUCAAUUCUUUUAAAUCGAUUAACAUAUGAAUAGAUUCAAGAGAGAAAACCUAAAGGGACAUGGAACAAAUAGAAAAAAGAAAUAAAGUAAAUAGUUUAUACCCUUACCAUACUAUUUGUUCAAACACUGUAUUCACUAUUAUUAUGAUUUAUAUUUGUAUGUUUUUUUUUUUUUUUUUGUAAGAAAUGUAAAUAUUAAAAUGGAACUGAAUAAUGUAUUUUUACUGUAUGCAUAC